AUGGUUGAGAAGAAGCCGAGCAGCAAUGCUGGGUCGAACAAAAGUGGAAAAACUGGUAAGGCAGGAGCUGAGCACGAGCGUAUCUCUCAACUUGUCCUGUUGACCAGAAAGCGGCGCGAUACAUGGGAUGUACUGAGAAAGCAAUUGGAGUCAUACCAAGCUGCACAAAAGAAAGAAACCAACAUCGAGCAAGACCACUAUAACUACUACACUUUGGAGGCAGAUCAUGCCGCAAAGGUUCAAGCGUAUAAGGAUGCGCUCAGUCAGGACAAGGGUGGGAAGAAAGAACUAACGAAAUCAGCCAAGAAAGCAAGGAAUUUAGCACAGAAGGCUUAUAAGAAGGCUGGAAGAAACAACAGAUUUAAUAAGGUGAAACGUCGUGCAGAGCAUGAUUCGAUGGUGACAGCUCAAGCAGAGCUCGAAGAUUGGCUCUACUAUCAGGACAUCUCCAAGCGGAGGAGAAGGCUACGGCUACUAGAUCCUGAGCAAAGGAAGGCGGUUGAAAAGGAGCGAUUUGACAGGCGUAUUGGAUAUAAGCUUGAAACAUCAGGCAACGACAAAGGCCACUUUGACUGGGUACAUUCCUUGCUUGAGAUGUACGACUUGAGAGACAUAGGUGGCAAAGACUACAAGCAAGGUCGACAUGACCAUCUUGGAAAUCACGUUGAGGGGAGGCAAGAAGAAGCUACCUUGCCUCUCGUGGGACCGGGUGAGCUUCACCUGUGGACACCGAAUCACAGGCGUCAGCUUGUUGGCCUGCGUCCUUCAAGACUGAGCGACGACGACGACGAAGAUGCCUGGCAGCAUUUUGAACCGCAUCGCUUCAAGCUGGACAAUGCCGCAAUCGAGGAAAAACGAGCAGCGAUCGAGAAACAGUCCGAUACCGAAACGCAGGAGUUGGAGUUCAAUACGCAUGAAGCAAGGCGUUGCCAUGAGGUCGCAAGAUACAAAGACAACAGACCUGACACAUCAGGUGAACGAAUGAUAAAUACCUCAAACGGAGUUGUAGUCGAGAACAGGUGGGGACAGAUACGAACAGAGCAGGGUCUGUUCAUCUCUGCCAAAGAGAGCUCCUGGGAUUGGCGUAGCUCAUACGACUGCCUCGGGCCAGUGAUGUCGGGCUGGUUCGCUGAAACCAGCGCGAUCAGGGACGAGGCCCCAGAAGAAUUGAUUGACCCGGAUGACAAUCUCGAGUAUACGGAUGGUGAUAAUGGUGGUGGAAUUAGCGCACCGCAGGUCCCUGCAAAACGGGCCGAAGAAAUACUUGUGAAGGCACGUAAUGAGAGAGCAAAAAAGCGUGGGGACGUCCGAGAGCCAGUGGCAGAAUCGAUCACGGGUGAAGAGCCCGCGAAUGACAAAGCCGGCUCUACAGAUCCAGGAGACAAGAGUCGAAAUAUUCAGGCGAAGGUUGAUAGCCGUUACCCUCCCGGAGAGUUCUGUAGAGGGAAGAAACCUUACAGGCCUGUCCUACAUGAAGAGAUUCCAUCUGCAUCCUUACCUAAGGGCUUUGCUGAGACAGAGAAUCAACCUAUUGCUUUGGAGCCAAGAUCUCGUAGGGAGUGUCCCUCCAACCCAAAGGGAUGCCGAGCAUUCUGGACUCAUUCUUCGAAUGAGUGUUGGAUUCCAUAUCCUGAGCAUCCGAAACGCUCACAAGACCCUAUCGAGUGGCCAAUACAGGAGAUAGACGCUCCCAAAGGUAUAGAUGAAGGCGGUCCGGAUGGCUAUGUGCCGGCGAUCGGGAUGUCUGUGUACAACUCCAGGCUAUAUGACCACUAUGGACUAUUAUAUCCGAACACAUCGCUAAGUAAAUUCUGGCAGCGGCUGCAAUGGCCCAGAAUCGGUGUUCGAGUGCCCUAUGAGCCGAUGACGAUCGAGGAUCUUCGUUUACGAGGGGACAAUCAAGACGAAACGAAUAUCGACCUGACAGCCGGCCUUACGAGAAAAGCUCAGCCAGGAAAGGGUGCGAGAGACGACCACAUGGGUACCGAAGGUUACAAUGAGCUCAGCGACGCGCCAUCUUCAUUCGUGGUCGCAGGAAACAAACGAAGAAAGCUGGGGACGAUCCUAGCGAAGGAUGUUAAUCGAAGAGCCCUCUACGAAGUUCGAUCAAUGGCGGUACCGAUCAUCAACACACCACAAGAACCUUGGGCUCCACUAAACGAUUCUAGCGGAGACGAUUCUGGCGAGGAUGAUGGCGAAUCCGACAAUGAGGGAGAUCUCUUCUUCAGAUCAUACGAGGACGAGUGCUUCCCAAAGGGUCGCAACGUACCUAGCGUCCCAAUAGUAACGAACGAAGGGAGUGAAGAUCCAGAAGCAUCUCUAGAGGAUGCAGCCCCAGCAGGUGAUGCACCAGCUGUUGUGGUAUCUGGAGAGGACAACGAAGCAGGUCAUGCACAAGAUUUGUAA